ACAGAACAGCAGCGAAGAAGAAAGGCGGCGUUUGUUAUUGACAGCGCGCGAAAGGAAAAUGGCGGAGCGGCAGGAUGAGAGGAGUCCGAGAGAGGACGGGUUCGGCCCGGUACGCGGUUCUGUUCGGCAGUGUUGUGUGCAGGGUACAGGAGAGGACGUCUCACAAGGGACCAAAAGGCAGUUAGAGAGAACCCCGAGUCCAGAACCUCCACCGAAGUCUCCUCGCGCUUCAUCUCCCCCUGCAGUCGACGUACUUUUAGAAGAAAAAGACCGAGAUUCAGGUCGUGCAGACACCGCGGCGAGAGAGACGAUGACUGAAGGUUGCACUGCUGCUGAUCUCAGCCCUCGCUCACGGAGAAAAUCCUGGAGGAGGUCGACGAGAGGAAGGGCGUCGCUCCCGGCCCUCCCCAACACCUCCCAGUCUCUGUGUAAAUCCAUCAGCCUGGACCUGAGUGAUGAGGAGAGGCUCGAGAAACUCAUGGAAGCUGCAAUGCAGGUUACAGUGAAGAGGCUGCAGAACACACUGCGUACCAUCCCCGGCACCGAUUUGGAGGCAUUUCAAACACAAGUUGACUCCCUGCAGACUGAGUGGGCGAGUGUGGCGAAAACCAUUCGGGAAGAAAGCCACGUGUCGUUCUCCAGCACCAGCAGCGAUCCUGCGAUUCAGAAAGCCAUCGAACGUGCAAAGGACGACCUGAACAGGCUGCAGGCCGAGAGUUUGUCCUGGGAGUCGCUCCUAAAUAAACAUCGCUCCAGAGCAGAGGAGCUGGCCAAAAGAGUGGAGGAGGGACAGGAGAGAGGAGUGGAACUGGACCCGUCCUGCCUCGCUCAGUCCUCUCAGAACCACCUGAUCCAGAAUAAACCCGAUUAUCACACAGUGCUGCAGAGACAACAGAGAGUCCUCAACACUAUGGAGCUGGUGUUGGAGUCCCAGUGCAUGAUGAUGAGGGCGCUCCGGUCCUUCCAGGAGGAUUCUCAGUUGCUGCUGAAGGAGACCAGCGCCCGACUGGCUCGACGUGCCGGAUUCCAGGAUCUCCCAUCAUCCCCGGCGAAGACGCUGCUAAACCUCCCUCAGUCUGCCACGUCAUCUUAGUUCAGCUUCUCCAACAUUUUACCAGGACAGUAUGACGUGAAUGUAAAUAGCGAUACGCAAAGAAGACCUGUCCAUAAUAUUACUCAUUAAGCACGAACAAAACAUCAGGGUCAUUAUGGAAAUGUUUUUUUUUUCUUCUUUCUUUUAACUGUUUGUGAUUCAGUGAUUCAUAUUUUCUGGGUGUCGUGAGCAUCAUCCUGGUGUUAUAUCAUGAUAUCAGUAUCGUAUUAUCGCAUUGUCCAGCCGUCGCCUGCGGCUUUGUGUCUUUCUCCACCCUUUUCUGAACGAGGGGGGAAAAUGUUGUUGCCUACACGUUGUGUACAUGUUUGGCCAAAAAUCUUUGGUUAAAUCAUUUUAAAGGUGUCCCAUUGAGAGCUUGAAGGCUUUGCUGGUUAAAAUAAAGCGUCAUUUCUGGUGU